AUGACAAGUACAUCUUCCACCUCCGCUUUCGACGAUAGGCGACCCAUAUCCAUGAGCUUCCGUCACAGCCAAUCUGGGAGACCUGAUUCGCCCCAUACGCCCCAACAUCACCUCCGUUCCAACAAUUCUUCCUUUGCAAGCACCUCCUCCGCAAGCACAUCAUUUCGCGGAGAAGAAGACGCUAUCAUUUUCGAAUUUGGGGCAAGAUGGCUUCGGGCAGGGUUUGAGGGGGAAAGCACUCCAAUGUGUGUGGUUGGGUGCGGUCCAGAGGAGUCGAGAAGGGUUGGCGAUUACAGAGGGUGGUUGAGAAGCAACGAGACGGACUCAUCACGCUCGCAACCAGUCAAAGCCGACGAAUGGGCUGGUGCAUAUGAACUCUGGAAGAUGGAUGUACGCGAUAUGGAUAUGGCACUCAUUGACGACAAGAUUGAGCGCAUGUUUCGCGAGACCUACAAUAAAUACCUGUUGACAGAUGCGGGAACAUCGCGACUGGUUCUGGUUCUUCCGUCUAUCAUGCCACACCCUCUCCUAUCAUCGCUUUUGUCAACCCUGUUUAGCCGUUGGCGGUUUCCAAGCAUCACCCUUUUAACCAGUGCUCCUAUGGCCGUGGUCGCAGCUGGGCUGCGUUCAGGCUUGGUGGUGGAUAUUGGAUGGGCGGAAACCGUUGUCAGCGGUAUCUACGAAUACAGAGAAAUGGCCGUCAAGCGCAGCACGAGGGCUAUGAAGUCCCUACUGCAGGAAACUGGACGGUUUCUGACACGACUCUCCGAUGACAGCGGGGCCACGCAAUCGGCGGACGAAAUCUCCGUUCAUUAUGAGCUCUGCGAAGAAAUUGCCAGUCGGUUCUUGUGGUGUAAGCCCAAGGCGGCUUCCCAAGGCUCCACGGCGACACCGCAGCAACAGCCAUCCGAGGCACAAGAGGAGGAUUCUGGAGCGGCUGACCAACACACUACUUCACACUCAGAUGCAACGGUGUCGCUUCCCUCCCCGUCAGGUUCAGGUUCAGCAUACAUUGACCUUCCUUUCUCCAAGCUCGCGGAACCGGUAGAAAAGGUUCUCUUUGCGGAGGGCUUAGCCGAUUGCGAGUUGGACGACGAGGAAAAGCCGUUGCCGUUGUUGGUGUAUCAUGCCCUGCUUAGCCUGCCUCCUGAUGUCCGCGGCACGUGCAUGUCGCGUAUUAUUUUCAUUGGUGGAGGCUCUAAUAUCCCUGGUGUCCGACAGCGCAUCCUCCAGGACGUGGCGUUCCUGGUGGAAAAGUAUGGCUGGUCACCUGUCCGCGGCAAGGUUAUCGAGCAGCAACGCCAAAAGCUUGAGGGCCUAAGACUCUCUCAACCAACCAAGCCGACUGUCACAAAGCAGGAGGGUGAGAACGAGACCCCCGAUGCUGCUGCUGCGCGAUCAACUCCAGAUGCACAAGCAGAAGAAGAGAUCGACCCCAUCGAGCAAAAGAUCCGUCGUAAUAACAAAGACAAGGAUACCCACCCGCCAAUCCAAGGUGUCCUGCGGGAGGUCGAAUCCCUUGGACCCUGGGCAGGAGCCAGCCUUCUCACGAGUCUCAAGAUCCGGGGCUUAGUCGAGAUUGAGCGGGAAAAAUACCUCCAACAUGGCCUCGCAGGAGCUAGUCGGGAUCUGGAGCAUGGGCAUGCUCCUGAUAGGCGCUCGGGGUUACGCACGGGAGGCGACCGGUCUAGUUGGACUUUGGCUGGCUGGGGUUGA